AUUAGUAAAUUUACCCUGGUAGGAUUGCAGUUUACAGUAAAACUUUGAUCAUGGACAACUUAAAUAGCUUCACUGAUGAUGAAUUCAAAGACCCUAAAAUAUUCUCAUUUUCAGAGAAGAUGAAUUUUGGACCAACUGGACUCACAUCAUUUGAAAUUAGUGAACCAAAGAAAGAGAAAAAGACUUGCAGAUGCUGUAUUUGGUCUGUACUAAUAAUAUAUUUGGUUAUGCUCACGGGAGGCAUGGGACUGUUGGCCUAUGAAGUCUACAUGUUGCACAAAAUUAUAAAUAACAUGAAAGAAGGCAGACCAGAAAAACUAGUGAAUCAUCUUGCUAAUGGCACCAUGGAGAAUGAGAUCCUUUUUGGAGUCAAUGCUCAGAGUGAUCAAGGACACUGGAUCCACAGUUUUAAAAAAGAAAUUCAUGUAAUCAAACUGAGCAACCAACAUCUGCAAUGGGAAGUGGCAAACAUUACAGACCAAAUUAAAAGCAACAUGACUCAAGGAACUGCAGGACCUCCUGGUCCCAAAGGAGAAAGGGGAAUUCCAGGAAGACAAGGUGACCAAGGACAUAAAGGUGAAAAAGGAGACGUUGGUUUAACAGGAAUCAAAGGAGACCCUGGAACAAAUGGGAUAGGACUUUCUGGACCGAAAGGAGAACCUGGAGUUCCAGGAAUACAAGGAUAUCCUGGUUCCCCAGGAGAGAAAGGUGAUACAGGAGCCAUGGGACCAGAAGGGACAAAAGGACAGCAAGGCCUACCAGGUUUAUCUGGACUAAAUGGUGAAAAGGGAUCAAAAGGGAAUCUUGGGCCUGUCGGACCAAAAGGUGAACCAGGAAUGAAAGGAGAAAUGGGGGAGAUGGGAUCACAUGGCUUACCAGGAUCAAAAGGAGAAGCUGGUGAAAGAGGAAUCACGGGUCCAAGAGGAAUAACUGGUGAUCCAGGAGAGAAGGGAGAGAAGGGAGAUCAAGGCCAACAAGGUCCACCAGGUCACGACGGUUUUCCUGGACCACAAGGAAAUAAAGGUGCUGUUGGAAAUGUGGGUUCCCCAGGAACUCGUGGUCCAAAGGGUGAACAAGGGGAGAAAGGAGCAGCAAGUCAAGUUCCAGGCCCGCAAGGACAAAAAGGUGAUCAGGGUCAAAAAGGUAGUAAGGGAGAUACAGGAUCACCAGGAACACAAGGUUCUAAAGGUGAAAGGGGCAUCUCAGGAUUCGGUGCUUUCCUAAGACUCGUAGGACAAGACAACCGUGGUCGUGUGGAGAUUCUGCAUAAAGGGCAGUGGGGCACCAUCUGUGAUGAUCUCUGGGAUGUGAAUUCUGGCAACGUGAUUUGCCGAAUGCUGGGGUUCAAUCGGGCUGUUAGUACCUUCACUGCACCUGCAGGAUCUGGACAAAUCUGGCUGGAUGAUGUACAAUGUUCAGGAAAUGAACCCUCCAUUUAUUUGUGUAGUAAACGUGAAUGGGGUGAAAACAACUGCAGUCAUAGUGAAGAUGCUGGGGUUGAGUGUAAUUAAGGCAGUUUUGCAGCGCAAUCUGUAAAAUAAUAUUGAAAUAAGAGUCUCAGCCUUGUCAUGCAGUGUAUAUCUUAUUGAUCAGUUACCUAUUGCUUACUGUCUUCUGUUGUAUCAAUGUAUUUUUAGGUUCUUCUUUGAUUGAGACCAAUUUUAAAGAUUAUUUGAUGUAAAUAGGCUCACAAGUACACUGAGGAAUGUUUUUUAUGUAACAAUCCCAUAAAUUGCAUCUUUAUUCACCUGGAUGAAGGAUCUAUUGAUACAGUUGGACUUCCUAAUAAGAAGCACACACGGAAGAUACACACCACAAAGCAAUGAAUAUCUGCCAAGUUAGAUUUCAUCUUCAAUAAAGUAAAAUGACUUUGCUAGGUUCUUCUGUAGAUAAAACAAUUGAACUUCACAUCAUUGUUUUAUAAAGCAGCCGGGAUUCCAGGAAACAUUCACAGCCUUGCUCACCUGAAAUAGAACUUUACAAAAAACGAUGACCAUGCUUCGUUAUCCUUUACGUUACUUUCAUCCUCUUUCAAGGGUGCCUUUUCCUGAACUUCCACAUCAAGGUGGCAUCAUGUUGAGUCCCAAUUCCGAACCUGUGCAUUGCUCAAGAGAACUCAAACACACUGGCCUCCGAUUGUGAGGCAUUGUCUUCCUUCAAAGCAUAGCCUUUUGGGUGACUGAGCAGGGCCUA